CUAGAACACUCAAGACUUUACUGAUGAAAACUCAGCAAAUUCUCUCUCACAAAGAGAUCUGUCAACUACACUGAGACAUUAAAAGGAAAAUACCACCAGAUGCUACUCUGCAGGUUGCAUUAAGUACCACCUACUGGAUACACUCAAUCCUUCAGAAUCAACAAAGUAACAGGUAGCAAAGAAGAAAUGCAAGCCACCGACAACCUCACCUCUGUGCCUGGGAACAGCAGUCUGUGCACCAGAGAUUACAAAAUCACCCAGGUCCUCUUCCCGCUGCUCUAUACUGUCCUGUUUUUUAUUGGGCUCAUCACAAAUGGCCUGGCAAUGAGGAUUUUUUUCCAAAUCCACAGUAAAUCUAACUUUAUUAUUUUUCUGAAGAACACAGUCAUUUCUGAUCUUCUCAUGAUUCUGACUUUUCCAUUCAAAAUCCUUAGUGAUGCCGAACUGGGAACGGGACCACUAAGAAGCUUUGUGUGCCAAGUUACCUCUGUCAUAUUUUAUUUCACAAUGUAUAUCAGUAUUUCAUUCCUAGGACUGAUAACUAUUGAUCGCUACCAAAAGACCACCAGGCCAUUUAAAACAUCCAACCCCAACAAUCUCUUGGGGGCUAAGAUUCUCUCUGUGGUCAUCUGGGCAUUCAUGUUCUUACUUUCUUUGCCUAACAUGAUUCUGACCAACAGGAGGCCAAGAGACAAGAAUGUGAAAAAAUGCUCUUUCCUCAAAUCAGAGUUUGGUCUGGUCUGGCAUGAGAUAGUCAAUUACAUUUGUCAAGUCAUUUUCUGGAUUAAUUUUUUAAUUGUCAUUGUAUGUUACACACUCAUUACUAAAGAACUGUACAAGUCAUAUGUAAGAACAAGGGGUGUAGGCAAAGUCCCCAGGAAAAAGGUGAAUGUCAAAGUAUUCAUUAUCAUUGCUGUAUUCUUUACUUGUUUUGUUCCUUUCCAUUUUGCCCGAAUUCCCUACACCUUGAGCCAAACCCGGGAUGUCUUUGACUGUGCUGCUGAGAACACUCUAUUCUAUGUGAAAGAGAGCACUCUGUGGUUAACUUCCUUAAAUGCAUGCCUGGAUCCUUUCAUCUAUUUCUUCCUCUGCAAGUCCUUCAGAAAUUCCUUGAUGAGUAUGCUGAAGUGCCCCAAUUCUGCAACACCUCCACCCCAAGAAAAUAGGAAGAAAGGACAGGAUAGUGGUGGUGACCCAAGUGAAGAGACUCCAAUGUAAACAAACUGAGGAAAUAUUUCAACCUAUCAGGAUUUGGAACUCCUUAAAGAAAACCACUAUGUAAAGACCUUAACACUGACUAAGCAGCAGCUGAGUUAAAAACAGUGACUCUUGAAACAAGUAAUAGAAGACUACAAAAGUAAUUUUCAUUUACUUUUCUUGUAUUAAAAGCUACCUUAGUGCUCGCUUCGGCAGCACUUAUACUACAAUUGGAACGAAAAGCUACCUUAAAAUGUAGAAAAAUAACCUAACCUGUAGCAAAACAAACUGCAUCCAAUCACCAAGCUGCAUGCAAACCUACACAGAAUUCAUGAUUUGCAGAGUUUUGGCAAAAUGGGAAACAAUAUAAUAUUUACUAUAAUUUAAGUACUUCAUUGAUCACAAUUUUUUAAGUAAUCAACUAAUGAUCAAGCUGAUAUAAUCUUCUGACCAAGACUAAGAUAUUUAUUAAGACGUAUAUACAUCCUAGUCCCCUAACCAAAUCCUGGCCUAUGGUGAUACUUUUUAUACAAAUGUAAGCGAGAUACACGAAGAAUAAUAACUACUAACUUUAAAUUAUUAGCAAAAACCUAAGGGAUUUAAGCUAAUUGAAAUGGUAUUUGACUGGAAUGAAUUUUUUAAAUUGAUAAUAGAGAUUUAAAGAAUACAUUUCCAAUGAAGAGCAGAAAUAUCAAAGUCAUUAAAAUAGGAGUUACUUUUAUGACAUUCUAAUAUUUAAAAAAUUAUGAAUACUUCCUUAACACUAGAGAAAAAGGAUUUAUUAAUAUUUUAACAGCUUCAAGUGGUUACGAUACCGUCUUUGACACUUACCUUUAUUAACUAGCUUCUAGAAAAUACCUGCUGCUUGAGCUAAUGAAAUUCCCAUUAAUGAGAAAAAUGAAUUAAAUAUGAUUACAAAGUUGCACAGUGUAACUAAGAGUAAAAUUAUCGAGCUGUUUGGAAUUGCCUGUUUGUAUUUGUGUGUAUAACAUAAAAAAAAAACUACAUUAAACUUUAAAUCACA